UGUUCAACGCUCGACAGUUGCGACUUGACUGCCGCGUGUGUUGUUUUCGUUUGGAGUGUUAAUAACUUUGGAAUGUUCUGUCGAACAGGACGAUCAAACAAGUGUGCUGAAAUAUUACUCUUUCGAUCAUGUAUUGAAUAAUAUUUAUUAUUUAUUUAUUCACGGAUCGUUGAGACAAAAUAAAGUGAAACGCGUGCUGAGUGAAUUUGGUUGAGAAUUGAGUUUAUUUUGUUUUUCACUGUAACUUGUUGGAAUUCUUGUCGCGAGUGCUCCAAAGUGCUCGGUAUUUUGUUUUAUUUUAGUGCAAGAAGUUUUUAUAUAGUUUUAUUGACAGAAAUUUCUGUCAUAUAUUCGUGCAACAUUUAGUUAUUUAUCAAAAGUUUUCGAUUUGUGAUCAGAAGACGCUGGAGAAGUAGCUGAUGUUGGCGCGACGACGAUCGUCCAGGCGGUUCUUCGGAAACUGUCGCGUGGUGGCUCUGGUGAACGCUUAGGUGAUUGACCUGCUUGAUUAGCUUACCAACUUGAGGAUCUUUUUCGAAGUGUUGUGCAGGUCGGAGGGCAAAAUGGCGAGUGACGGUUACGAUCGCUGAUUCAUAAUACAGCCUAAGGGCUUAAAGAAGACUUGAAGAUGCUCUUACUUCUACAAAUCUUGGCCUUUUUGGGCCUUACACAUCACUGCCUCGCAUGGCCUCAAGAUCCUGUGCCUCGACUUCACGUCAAAUACCGCGAAGUAAUCGGGCAGCGCUUCCUGGGCAACGAGAGUCACGUGGAGCACUUCAAGCUUCUCGAGAGGGCGCCGACUUUUAUACUGAUCGGUGCAAGAAAUGCAAUCUACAAUAUUAGUCUACAUGAUCUCACAGAAAUAGCAGACCAGAGAGUGCAGUGGUCAAGCUCGAUAGCACAUAAAGAGCUGUGUAAUUUAAAGGGUGCCAGUGAGGAUGACUGUCAGAAUUACGUUCGUGUGUUUGGUCGACAAGGACCAAAUAAAUUCAUAGCUUGUGGUACUAAUGCUUUCAAGCCUUUGUGUAAACAAUUUAUAUUAAGUAAGAAUGGCUCUUAUGAGGGUGCAGGAGAGAGUGAUGGCCUUGGUCUGUGUCCCUACGAUCCACAGCACAACAGCACAGCAGUUUUUGCUGGUGGACAGUUGUAUGCUGCUACAGUGGCAGAUUUUUCAGGAGGUGAACCACUGAUUCACCGAGAAAGAAUCAGAACUGAGCGAUCAGAUCUCAAUCAAUUAAACGGUCCAAACUUUGUAAGCUCGUUUGCCUAUGGAGAUUACGUUUUCUUCUUUUAUCGAGAAACAGCAGUUGAAUAUAUGAACUGUGGAAAGGCCGUUUAUUCACGAGUAGCUAGAGUGUGCCAACACGAUAAAGGUGGUCCGCAUGCCUUUAACGACAGAUGGACGAGCUUCCUCAAAGCACGUCUCAAUUGUUCUAUUCCUGGCGAAUAUCCUUUCUACUUCAAUGAAAUACAAUCAAUGAGUGAUGUAAUAGAAGGUGUCUAUGAUGGGCGUCAUAAUCAGCUGAUUUAUGGAGUCUUCACCACACCAGUGAACUCCAUUGGUGGGUCGGCCGUAUGUGCCUUCUCAAUGAAAAGCGUCCUCGACGUCUUCCAAGGUGCUUUCAAGGAGCAAGAAACAAUUAAUAGCAACUGGCUGCGCGUGCUUCCAGAGAAGGUGCCAGAACCACGUCCAGGUGCUUGCGUCAAUGACUCGCGAACACUUCCAGACAUAACAGUUAAUUUUGUUAAACUUCACCCGCUAAUGGAUGAGGCUGUUCAGUCCUUCUUCGCUCUACCCGUCCUUACCAAAGUCAGCUUCAACUACAGGUUCACACGGGUGGCUGUCGAUCCUCAAGUUAAAGCUCUUGAUGGAAGAACUUAUGACAUACUUUACAUUGGAACUGAUGACGGAAGAGUCAUUAAAGCUCCCAACAUAAAAACUCCCAACUCAACGACAGAAGUGGGACAAGUGAUCGUGAGUGACGUGCAAGUGCUACGAUAUGGUCAAGCUGUCAAGGACCUUCAAGUAGUUCAUCUCGCUGGUGAAGCGAGCAAAUUAGUCGUUAUCGCUGACUCGGAGAUACGAGCUAUACCACUUCACCAUUGCGACAGUCUCGCUGUACACUCCUGCGUCGCUUGCGUCGCUCUUCAGGAUCCGCAUUGCGCCUGGGAUGCUACGAUGGAUUUGUGCGUUGCUGUGCCAACUAAGUUACAUGACAAUGAUGCCAGUAAAACACUAUUCCAGGAUAUUAUCACCGGGAAACACAAGGGAUGUAGUUAUGAGCAAGUGAAUGUCGCCUUGGACUUGAAGCCCGUGCCUCCAGCGGUGCCCUCUCGAAUCGGGAAUGGUGAACAACCCGAUGAACGGGAAAAUGAAAUCGUCAUCACCUUGGAUCAGGGAAAUCAAUACAGUCGCACGCAACCAAGAGCUAAUGAACCUCAAGGUGUGAUAGUAACUCCAGUGGUAUAUUCAGCGCAGACAUUAACUGGAGCGUUGAUUGGAACUUGCCUCUUUUCUUUGAUUGCUGGUUUUGCGUCCGGGUUCUGGUUUUCCCAAAGGCUUCGAGGUGCACCUUAUCCGGAUCCACCAGAGCAACGUCAGCAACUAAAUCGUCUGACAGAGAGUUCAGAAUCCCCAGCGGGCUUCAAUAACAAGUCCAUAAAUCUCGUGCUUAAUGUACCUCCAAAAAACCCAAACGGCAAAAAUGCCAACUCUUCAGCUGAGAACAAACCUAUGCAAAAGGUCAAGAAGACGUAUAUAUGAUACAGAAGACGGAGAGCCGUUUGAGGUUUACCUCCACG